AUGCGAUCAUCGGCAAUUAUUGUCGCAUGUAUGGCAAUGGCGCCCAGCCUCACCGCCGCUUCGGGGGCUUUAGGCUUUGCUCUCGGUGCGAAGCAACCGGACGGCCAAUGCAAGUUUCAGGCGGACUACGAAGCAGACUUCAAGGCCAUACAUGAUGCCUCAGGAAGCAGGAUCGUGCGUAUUUACGCCGCUGACCAGUGCAACACGGCCAAAGAAAUCCUACCAGCAGCAAAGAAGGAAGAUUUCCAGGUCAUUCUUGGUAUUUGGCCGGACACGGAGGAGUCAUACGCCGCCGAUAAGGCUGCCAUCCUCCGGUACACACCCGGAUUUGAAGCUCAGGUCUACGCCGUCACCGUCGGCUCCGAGUCUCUCUACCGCGGCAAUUUCACCGGCCCUGAGCUUGCGAGCAAGCUCAAGGAUAUGAAGAAGGCAGUGCCCCACUUGCGUAUCGGCACUGCGGACAGCUGGAACAAGUACCAAGACGGCACUGCCGACGCCGUCAUUGAGCAAGCAGACAUAUUAUUAACUAAUGCCUUCUCGUAUUGGCAGGGUCAAACCCGCAGCAAUGCCACUGCCUCAUUCUUCGACUCCAUAAUGCAGGCAUUCGGACGUAUCCAGAGCAUCAGUGGAUCCUUUGACAAGCCCGAGUUAUAG